CUAGUGAGCGUGCAGCGCGUCACAACGUUUCACAGCAGCCGACCAUUUAUGAAACAGCCAAGCGGCCGCGCGAACCCUUGUCGCCACUUUUCCAGCUGCGACGAAGUCGCGGAAAGAAGUUGAAAACGUUCCAGCCAUGGACGGCAAGAAUUGCGUGGUCAUACCAGACAACUUUUGUGGCUACAGCACGGAACUAUUCUGUAUUCCCAAGCACUACAAGGAUGACGUCGAGUGCGUCUUCCUCCCGUGUGGACUUGUUCAAGACAGGAUAGAACGAAUGGCCCAAGACAUUGUCUUGCACUACCAGGAAAAACCAUUCCGGGCACUCUGUGUCCUCAAAGGAGGCUACCGCUUCUUUGCGGAUAUGCUCGACAGAGUGCGGCACUACUACCACUUCAACCAGUACUCAACACCGUUCUCCACUGACUUCAUCAGAGUCAAGAGCUACAUCAAUGACAAGUCGAGAGGUGAAGUAACUGUCAUGGGGCUGGACAGCAUGGAAGCACUCAAGGGACAGAAUAUCCUGAUUGUUGAAGACAUCAUUGAGACUGGGAAAACAAUGGCUGCUCUUGUGGAGUACCUUAAAGCUUUUGAACCUAAAGAGGUCAAGGUAUCCAGCUUGUUUGUCAAGAGGAGCCCGAGGAGCUCUGGUUACAAGCCAGAUUACUGCGGCUUCGAAAUACCUGACAAGUUCGUUGUUGGCUAUGCAUUGGACUACAAUGACCAUUUUCGUGACCUAAGCCAUGUCUGCAUCAUCAGCAGCCAAGGCAAAAAGAAGUAUGCAACAGCACGAUUCUAAGCCCCCCUGAUGUCUUUGUUGCCCUGUUACCUCCAUGAGACUCAUAUUAUCUGCAGCAGUCAUAUACAGACGCAAUAUUGGCCGAGCAUUCACAGUUUCGUUUCACGGAAGACGGUGUUCAGUUGACUGGUGUGCUAGUAGCACCUACCUUACUCGUGUGCUUUGUUCACUUGCACUUACGUAUUUCUGCUACUUAACAGUACGCAUUCCAUUACAGACGCACAGUGAGACAUGUAUGCUGUGGUGACGUGAGGUGCAGUUUUGUUCGCUCAGAAAAUUGCAUUUCUUUAAAGAACCGGUGAUGUUGCGUGACUGCCAAUGCAGUGCUUAUGUAACUAUCGUUAGCGUCGAUUGUUUCAUGGUGAAAACUGCCCAGUGAUGUCUGUACUUCAUGUGCCAGAUGUUAUUUUCGUAAAAUAAAUACGUUUUUUGCAAGAA